AUGUCAGAUUUGAAUACUUUUUCAACGAAAUCUAAUUUGAAAAAACUUGAUAAAAUUUAUAUUGAUCAAAAAUGUUUAAAUGAUGCAUGGCAAGAUUUAUCCGAUGUAACAUCAACAUGUAUAUUUGAUGAUCAAAAUCUUGAAAUAUUAUCAUUAUCAAAUGAAAAAAAUACGAAUAGUUGGCAAACAAUUAAUGAUUAUAAGAUUAUACCAAAAUCAUAUAGUUUUGAUAAUGAACAAACUGAUUAUUGUCGACUUGAUCGACAUGGUCAUUGGCUUCUUUUAUCACCUCAACGUCCUUUUCAUAAUGAUACAAAUAAACCUAUCACAUAUGAUAAUAAUCAACAUGUAUCAAAAGAUUCAAUUUCACAACACAUUGAACAUACUUUUCCUGAUUCAUGUGAAAGUUUAACUGUUUCUAUCGAUUUUCAUAUACCAACCGAUGAAUUAAUAACAGAUAAUGAUGAUAUCAAUGGACAAAAUACGAUUAUUUGGAAAAAUACUAUACAACAAAAUGAAAAUAUAACAUCAGAUGAAAUAUCUACAAUUUCGAGAUGUAUUAAACCGAAUCACGGUAAAGUAGCUAAUCAAUUUGAUGAAGAAUUAGUUCAAGAACAAUUACGUUAUAACGGUAUACUUGAAAUAUCUUAUAUACGAAAUCAAGGUUGGCCAGUUCGUUUUAUAUUUGAAGAAUUUUUUUAUCGAUAUAAAUUUAUCUCCUAUCCUCAAAGUAGUCCAAUAAGAGUUAAUGCAAUAACAUGCGAAAAAAUUCUCAAAGAUUUAUCAUUAACUGAUUAUGUUAUUGGAAAAUCGAAAGUUUUCUUAAAAUUCGAACAUUUAGAAAAAUUAAAUCAACGUUAUGAACAGUAUAUAUCUAAUGUACUUAAAUGUCAAAGAGUAGUUAAAGGGUUUCUUGUACGAAGAAGUCUUUUACGUCGAGCUAAACAUUAUGCUAAUGAACGUCAUACUUUAUUAACACAAGUAAAUUCAAGUGGAAAACGAACAUUAGAAAAACUUGUAUCAUUACCUAAAGUUUCGCCAAAAAAUAUAAAACAGUUAACAGUAAAAAUGGAAGGUAAAGGAGGACCACGUUUGGGUCAUUUUAUUAAGAAAAAAUCAAAAGAUAAAAAGAAAAUUUCAUCUGAAGAACCUGUAUCAAUGAAUGAACAAGAACAUGCUGAUAUGUUAAAAGUAGCAAAAAAGUUACAAUUACUUAAUAAUGAUGAAAUCGAUGACUUAAAUGGUAUUGAACAUGGAAUAACUUCUCCAACACAUCCAUCACUUCAAAUGAGAACACCCGAUGAAUUUAAAUCAUCUUUAGAAGGUUUAUCUGAACGUGAAACUCGUAUUCUUGUUCAAGAUGAAUUUACACCAAUGGUUAGUAAACAAGGUCAACAGAAAAAUUUACCCAUUGAAACAAAUAUACGAUCAGGUGCAGGAUUACCACAUACAACAACAUUAAUGUCAGCAGGUCCAUUAAAAGUUCAUGAUGGUGCUAUUGCUUCUAUGGCUGCUAAUAUACCUAUUGCACCCGGAAUAAGUUUACCAACAGCUGAACAAUUAAUUAGACAAACAAAAGUUGCUGCAGCAAGUGGAGAUUUAUUUAUGACUGAUUGGGCCAUUGGACAAGAAGAAAAACAACAUAUCAAAACUGCACGUUCUAAAUCCGAACCAAGAAAUCUUUUAAGUGAUUUACAUGAUGAAAAUGUUUUAUCCGAACAAAAACGUUCAAUGGUUAGAAAAAUUCUUAUGUUACAAAGGCAAAAAUUUAAAGAUAAUCAAGCACGAAAAGCACGUAAAACUAAUGAAUUUGAAAAUUCCAUAUAUAGUUUUUCGAAUGGAAAUCAAACAUCAAAACAUGAUGAUGACAAACCAUUGUUUGACGAUGAUAGUUUAGAUUGUUGGGAUGCAGCUAGAGAAAUGAAUGUUCCAGAAGCAUAUGAAAAAACAGUUCAUUGUUACCGUUUAUCAAUGCGUAUGUUAAAAAUUGCUACAUAUGUUGUACUUAAUAUUGGUAUAUUAAUAACGGCACUUGUUAGUAAAGGAGCCUUAUUACUUAUGACGAAUUCAGUUGCUAAAGUUCAAGAGACACCUUAUCAAGAACGUUGGGUAUGGAUGUUAUUGAUAGCAGUAUGUGCUCCAUAUUUAUUUACAUUUUUCGACAGUCUUGGUAAAUGUUUAUUUGGUAAUAAACCAUGGCCAACAGUGAAGAUUUUUACUAUCGUUUUUUUCAUCGAAACUCUUCAUAGUUUUGGUAUAGCAAUAUUUGUUUUUCAUAUAUUACCAAAGUUAGAUGCAGCAAGAAGUUUAUUAAUAAUGAAUGCUGUAUGUCUUGUACCUGCUUUUUUAAAAUUAUUUUUGACAAAAUCAAAUUCAUCGAUUGUUCAACGAAGUCUUUUAUUUCUAAUGGAUUUUUUUGCAUUCGCUAUGCAAUGUUCAUGUGUUGGAAUUGCAUUAGCAUCGAAAUUUUUAAAAGACGAUGGACCAGUUAUAAUUCAAACAACAAUAUCAUCAUUAUUUUUACCAACAAGUACAUAUUCUAUACCUCUAUUAAAUCGAUAUAAACGUCAAGAUGAUUUGAUGGGUGGUAAUGUUGAUUUAUUAGGUUCAGGUAUUAGUGGAAAUAAUGAAAAUAUUUUAUUCACAACACCUGCAAGUAAUAUGAGUUCAAUCGAUCAAAAUUUAAAAACGAUUUUAGCUGGAUUUCAUAUUGAAUGGGAAUUACCUGUGGCUUUAAUACUUGUUUCACUCACUUGGUGGGAAAAUUUUGUUGAUCGAGAUAUUAAAAUUGGUGGUCGUACAUUAGUACAUUUGAAAUUAUUAAAAGAAAAUAUUCUUGCAACACGACCAAAAACAUCAAUAAUAAUAACAUGUUGGAAAAUUCUUGUUACUGUUUUAUUUGCAUAUAUUUUUCAUCAUGGAAUAUUUAAUACAUCAGUAGUUUUUCCAAGUAGUAACAAUAAUGAACAAUUAGAAGAUCCAUUACCAAAAUUAUCUCUAGGACAAAAUUCAUGGGCAGCAUUAGGUUUUGAUCAACAACCCUCACAAGGAAUGUUUCCUAUAUUACCACCACGUGAACGUCGUUCUAUUGCUAAUACAUCAGAAUAUAUAAAACGAAUUAAAAGACAAUUUGAUAAUGAUUUACCAAAUAAUUUUGUUUAUGAUGAAGAAGGUUUGAAUUCACUUACUGGUGGAGCUGCAGGAGGAGGAAUAGCAGGAUUAGAUGGAGGAACUAAUAAUCCAGGAAGUGAAGGAACAACAAAUCCAAAAGAUCGUUGGAUUUUUUAUUUAACUCCAAUGAUAUUAAAAAUUAUGUCAGAUGUAUUAUGUUUUUAUAUGGGUCGUUUAGCAUGUAAACUUUGUAUGCAACGUAUAUGUUUUGCUUUACCAAUAACAUUAGUUACACCAUUAGCAUUAACAAUAUUACUUGUUAUGUGUUCUGUUGCACCCCAAUCAACAGUUUUUAUUGAAAAUUUUCUUUUUUGGAGUUGUUAUGCUGAUUAUGCAAAAGAAUCAUUUAAAUGGCAAGUUAUUUGUGGUUUAUUUUUAUGGUGGCUGUCAGAAUUAUGGAUUGGUGGACAUAUUUGGUUUGGUAAACGACAACGUUUAGCAUUUACCGAACGUUUAUUUGUUUCACCACGGUAUUGUGCAACAUUACUUGAACAAUCAUUAAUGAUGAAUAGACGUCGAAAUGAACGUGAUGAAUUAUUAACUGGUAUAUAUGAUGAAAUGAGUACAACAAAUGGUGAAUCAGAAUUUGAUGAACAAAGUAUGGAAGAAUUAUCCAUGGAAAAAAAAUUAAGUGCUGAUGUACAUACUAAAAUCUAUUCAUGUGCAACAAUGUGGCAUGAAACUGAAACGGAAAUGUUACAAUUAUUAAAAUCAAUUAUGAGAUUGGACAGUGAUCAAUGUGCACGUCGAACAGCUCGAAACUAUUUACAUCUUAAAGAUCUUGAUUAUUAUGAAUAUGAAGGACAUAUAUUUUUUGAUGAUGCUAUGGAAGAAGAUGACAAUAAUGAACAAGUACCAAAUAAAUUUGUUCAACAACUACUUGGAGUUGUUGAUCGUGCUGCUACAGCUAUCCAUCAAUGUCCCAUGAAAAUUCCUCCACCAUAUAAAACUCCAACACCAUAUGGUGGUCGAUUAACAUGGGUAUUACCAGGUGGAAAUUUUCUUAUUGCACAUAUAAAAGAUAAAACUAAAAUUCGACAUAAAAAACGAUGGAGUCAAGUUAUGUAUAUGUACUAUUUACUUGGUUAUCGUCUAUUUGGUGAUUUAAAUAUAAUAGAAAAAUUAUAUAAACGAAAACGAAAAAAGAAUUCUUCUAAAAAUAAAUCUAAAUUAUUUAAAGGUUUUGGAAAUUUACUUAAUAAUAUGGAUAAUAAAAAACGUAUACAAAUGGAAAAUACAUAUUUAUUAGCACUUGAUGGUGAUGUUGAUUUUCAUCCUGAAGCUGUACGUUUACUUGUAGAUCGAAUGAAAAAAAAUAAAAAAGUCGGAGCUGCUUGUGGACGUAUUCAUCCAAUUGGAAGUGGUCCUGUUGUUUGGUAUCAAAAAUUUGAAUAUGCUAUUGGUCAUUGGCUUCAAAAAGCUGCUGAACAUAUUUUAGGUUGUGUGAUGUGUAGUCCUGGUUGUUUUAGUCUUUUUCGAGGUUCAGCAUUAAUGGAUGAUCAUGUUCUUCGUACAUAUUGUACGAAAUCAGUAGAAGCUCGACAUUAUGUACAAUAUGAUCAAGGUGAGGAUCGUUGGUUAUGUACACUUUUAUUACAAGAAGGUUAUCGUGUUGAAUAUUGUGCUGCAUCAGAUGCACUUACUUAUGCACCAGAAUCAUUUCAUGAAUUUUUUAAUCAACGUCGUCGAUGGGUACCAUCAACUAUUGCAAAUAUUAUUGAUUUUCUUGCUGAAUAUAAAAGAAUUGUAAUUGUUAAUGAUAGUAUAUCAUAUUUAUAUAUAAUUUAUCAACUUUUCUUAAUGGUUUCAACUGUUCUUGGUCCAGCAACAGUACUUUUAAUGAUUAUUGGAGCAUUCAAUGCAUGUUUUGGUAUGUUUUUAGAUUUAAAUAUAAAUUUAUUCGAUGCUGAUCGUUAA